CGUACCACAGCCCCGGGGUUGGUUCUCCUAUGAAUAUCUAUGCGGAGGAGCCCCCCCCCCCAUACAUCAACCACAUUUCUGGAGUCCCGUCGCCGUCAACAUCUUGGCCACCACUCCAAGGUCUGCGAUGCAACCUUCUGCAGCCAACGCGAACAGCACCACAUUCGCUUGAACAUUAUUGUUUGCUGUUCCGGACGUUCGUUUUACAAAGUCUCUCUUUAUUCUCUUCUUCCGUCUCUUUCUUACACCUUGCUGUCGCCCGCUACUGCAUUGUCGUGCAGUUGCUGUCCCUCGUUUUGCUUGCGCCGUGUCUGGAGGAGGUAGCGGAAAAAGACAAGCAGCUGGUUGUGGUUGCAGUUGCCCAGCUUGCGCAUUGCACGAUACCCUCCUGAGGAUUCAUCAUCGGCUUUUGCGCACAGGCCAUACUCUUGCGCCGCAUCAAGUGCCGCAGAUAUGGCAUCCCGGUUGUUUGUCCGGGCGUUGACGGCCAUAUCGGCCGUCGUCGGUCUGGGUGAAUGCUAUGCGCCCACUGAUUUCAUUACCUGGGGAGGAGACAACAUGCGAAAUGGAUAUAGGUCCAACCACAACCUUGACCCGGCAAUCGUUGCCAGCCCCCAGUUCCAGCAGCUGUUCGCCACUGCGCUGCCUGGCAAUUAUGGCGGCGAGAAGGAGCAGUUCUUCUCAAUGCCCUUGGUGUUCACGCCAGGCAACGAUCCUGAAGGGCGCCAGUUCCUAUACGUCUCAACUACGCAGAACAACGUAUACAAGCUUGAUGCCGUCACGGGCGAGAUAGUCGCCUCUAGGAACCUCGCAAUUCCGUUCCUUACGUUGGACUUGAAUGAUAACGAGGGCGUGUGCGCUGAUAUAAGUCCCCAUGUGGGGAUCAUUGGCACAGGGGUGAUUGAUCCGGUGACAGAGACGCUUUAUGUUAUCGUGAAGACGUACGAAGACCAAAGUAAAACAAAUGUGCCUCAAGGGCGGCCCGCUGGCCGCCACUACGCACAUGCCCUGAGCCUUGACGACCUCAGUGAACGGGAAAACUUCCCUAUCCCUUUCCAGAACUUGGCAGCGCGGAACAAUCCCACCCGCAUCUUCCAGGGUGGCAUCCACAACCAGCGUCCAGGCCUCCUGCAACAGGGCAACAACAUCUACGCUGGCUUCGGGAGCCACUGUGUUCUGUACAACAUUACGGGAUGGGUCAUGGGAUUUGACAAGACAUCGGGAAAGAUCAUUGAGCAGUUCGCCACGCAGGGCGAGGGUGUGAGAGCCAAGGGCGCCUCCAUUUGGAUGAGCGGAGGUGGUAUCGCAGCCGACGACAAGGGCUCCAUCUUCUACUCGACAGGAAACGGCUAUGAAUCUCAGCUUUCCACCAUUCCUGUCGAGGGCCGUAACCCGCCGACGGCGCUCGAGGAGGCCGUGGUCCACAUGACGAUCCAGGAGGAUGGCAAGCUCAAGCCGGUUGACUUUUUCAUGCCAGAGGAAAAGCAGAUUCUCGAUGGCAACGACCAGGAUCUCGGAACGAGCCCCUUCGUGCUGCUUCCCUCCGAGUUCUCUUGCGGCAGCGUGAAGCGCAUCGGCGUGGUCACAGGCAAAACCGGCUGGACGUACUUCUUGGACAUGGAUGACCUGGGUGGCUACCGCACCAACGGCGUUGGGAAGCCAGAAGGCCAGCGUGACAGGGUCAUCUACAAAUUCAAGCAGCCCAACUCGGUCUAUUCCGGCGCGGGUGUCUAUCCGCACGAGGGCGGGUACGUUCACAUCAACCCCAUUGGCUUCCCCACGGCCGUGUUCAAGUUUUCCUGCGCCAGCAACGCUCCCACUUUUAUCAAGGUUGGUGAAAGUGUCGAGGCCAACACUGGUCGGCUUGGUCCCAGCCACGGCGCCGUCACAUCGCUCAACGGCCAGCCCGGCACUGGCAUACUUUGGACGACCGACGUCGACAACCCGGGCCCUUCCAAGUGGCACUUCAAAAUCCACGAGGCCAUACCUGGAGCGGAUGGCAAGAUGAAACUUCUCAAAGGUUUCCAGGUGACUGGGAUAAGAAAAUUCACGAGGCCCACCUUCGGUAACGGCAGAGUCUACAUUCCGGCCGGCGCUGGCAUGAUCUAUGGAUUUGGUGCUCCGACCAAGCCUGCCCUGAACUGCACCGAGUCCAGCAGCUUCGGCGUGGUCGAGAUUGGAAUGGAAGCUGCCGAGCAGGUCAUCACUUGCACUGCCAAAAUCCCCGUCACGGUAGCAAACAUGACUCUUGAGUCGGCUCACUUUAGUGUUGCGGAUGUGCCCUCUGUUCCACGGGUUAUUGCGACUGGAUCAUCUUUCACAUUCAAGGCACGCUUCAAGCCGACUGCGGUUGGCAACCUGACAAGCACGGUCCGAAUCACGACUCAGAACACAGACGCGACAAACUCUUACAGCAUCACAAGCUCGGUUGCCCUUUCUGGACAGGGUCAGAGCUCCGCGGCGUUGCUAUCUCUGCAGCCAAAGAGCCUUGUCUUCGCCCCCGUAGGUGUAGGCCAUGAGACGAUGAGUCUCUCCCUGACCCUGAACAACCAAGGAAAAGCGCCACUCACAAUCCAAAACGUCGAGUACUCGGCGACUGGCCCAAGUGGGCCCUGGGACAGCACAUCAUCUGGACAGUUCACGCUCAGCGACGUACCCUCAACCAUUGCCCCUGAAACCAUUCAAGUGGCCAAGGUGAAUUUUUCACCAUCACAGUUUGGUAACUUCACACUGUACGUCCAAUUCACGACCAACGGCGGAACGGUUGUCGUCCCCAUCUCAGCAAGCACCGGAACUCCGGCUGUUGCCGUCAUUCAAUGGGAGAAGCCAGAUGGUUCUGGUUGGGAGACAUACAGCCCGAACGCCACUCUGAGCUUUGGCAACGUUACGCAAAACAGCGAAAGGCGUCUCCGGCUGCGCAUCACCAAUGGAGGCGGCCCAGGCGCCGUUGCGCUCGAGGUUCCCAUCUCCAAGCCACCCUUCGGCACUGGUGGUCUCAUCGGGGCCGCCAACCAGGCCGACCUCGCCGAAGGUACCCGGAUCGAGGCUGGUCAGUCCGCCGAAGCUGUACUCAUCUGCUACGCACCCAAGACCAACUGGAACGUUGACGCCAAGCACGAGCGUGCGGCUUGGGUGUUCAACUUCAACGACAUGGACAUGGCCAAGCUCACUUUGCCCUUUGACUGCACGGCUGUCUCGCAGCAGGGAGGCCCUCUCAAGCCCAAUGGGGACGGUGUCUAUCGCUAUGUUUCCUGCUUCCGCGAGAACACCCCAGGAAGGCAACUUGCGCAGCAGGUCGCGGCCAGCAACGAUAUGACGACCGACAUAUGUCUCAAGGCCUGCGCGACAAAGGGCUACCUCUUCUGUGGCACGCAGUAUCACAGAGAAUGCUGGGGAGGCAACACACCUCCUAAUACACCCGCAGGCGAAGAGAAUUGCAACUUUGACUGCUCUGGAGAUGUCAAUCAGUGGUGCGGUGGUAACGGUGAGGGAGUUGGGUCAGGCAACGCACACAUCACCCUCUACGCCACCAACACCACGCUCCCUCCGCCGCCGGGUGCUCCUGUCACCAACCCGGGAGUGAACGGCUACACCAGUCUCGGAUGUUACACCGAGGCCGCGACCGGCCGAGCCCUUCCCUUUGGCAACACCGGCAACGUCCGCACCGUGGCGGCUUGUGUUUCCGCUUGCAAGGCCAAGAACUACAAGUAUGCCGGGCUUCAAUAUGGAGGAGAGUGCUGGUGUUCCGCAGCCGAUAUGCCACCGAGCGCUCUGCCCGCCCCGCUGUCGGAUUGUUCCAUGACGUGUAGAGACAACAAGACGGAAUUUUGCGGUGGCAACUCGCGCAACAACGUCUACCUGCGAGACGACUCUGCUCCUGGCACGACGGUUCUGCCCACUACUAGUACCGUUGCCACCUCGUCGGCUGCUGUUUCCACCUCGUCGGCUGCUGUUUCCACCUCGUCGGCUGCUGUUUCCACUUCGUCGAACAGUGCUGCCGUUUCCUCGGCCAGUUCUUCCGCUUCCUCGGCCAGUGUUUCCGCUUCCUCGGCUAGUGUUUCCUCUGCCUCUGUCGGCGUCUCCACUACAUCGGCCACCGCGUCAACUUCCGCCACAGCCAGCGCUUCCCCGGCCCCCAAGCCCCGGGUUGGAUCCUAUGCUUGGCACGGGUGUUGGACAGAGAAUCAAAAUGCAGAGAGGGCCAUCAACGAAAAAACGUAUAUCAGCGAUCUCAUGACAUUGGAGGACUGCGCUUCCCAGUGCGCUGGCUUCACAUAUUUCGGAGUCGAGUAUGGUCGCGAGUGCUACUGCUCAAAUGCGAUCAAGGGAGAAAGCAAAAUCGACACCCCCGGAGCGUGCGACUUCAUCUGCAAGGGCGACACAUCGACGUUCUGUGGCGGUAGCAAUCGCAUCUCAGUGUAUAAGCUCAGUGCAUCCAGCUCGGGUACAUCCGCUGCUUCAUCUGCCAGUUCGUCAGUCGUCUCCUCGUCAACUCCUGCGACCAGCACUUCUGCCUCGACGACCAUUGCCAGCAGCACAGCUGCUACUUUGUCCACCACUGCUUCGAGCGCAUCUGCUUCCGCGUCGUCCUCGUCCUCGACCUCGACCUCGGCACUUCAGUCCAGUACAGCCGCUUCAGGCACCACUGCCUAUGCCUCAUUGACUUCAUCGGCGUCCAGCUCGGGAGCCUCAAGCACCUUGGCCGCCUCCUCGAGCAACGCUGGUGUUAGUUCCAAGGCUGGCGAGAAUAUUCCCGACGUGGUGACAUCGUCUUUGGUUGCCGGUUCCUCAACAAGCACGUCUGCUAGCAGCCUUUUGACGACUUCGGCUUCAGCAUCCUCGUCCCUCAGCAGCUCAAGCACAAGCCCUUCAACCAGCCAGCCACCGACCACGAGUGCCUCCAGCUCGGCCAGCUCUUCCAGCCCAGCCGCCACAUCGACGACAACAGCAUCUACCACGGCAUCCUCGUCCGCUUCAUCAACGGCGCCGCCGCCUCAGAGCACGGUUCCCCCACCCCUGUGGCCCGGAAACGUCAACUUCACCUACUACGGAUGCGUGAAGGAGCCGUCGCGUGGCAAGCUCUUCCCCAAGCAGUACCUCAACGUGCCGGAAAUGACGCAGGACAAGUGUCUCGAGGCCUGCUGGAUGUUCCGCUACGCUGGUAUCGAAUAUGGUCGUGAAUGUUGGUGCGGUGAUCAAAUCUCUUGGCUCGGCCAGACUGGCGCGACUCCCGGGUCCAACGCGACAUCAGACGCCAGUUGCGAUGUCUCGUGCGGUGGUGAUACGAGUCUCCCAGCUGCAAACAGGACCAAGUGCGGAGGUCGCAGCUUGAUGACGCUCUUCUACCUGGACCCUUCCAAGAAGAAGAGCUGAUGCGUGUAAAAAGAGAAAGAGUUACAAUUGGAGGACAUGUCGUGUACCCAUCAUCCAUUUGAAAUUUAGACCUAGAAAGUAUUGCUUCCUUUUAAUAUGAUGUUAAUUUGAAACAACCAACCUUG